AUGUCUAAGCUCUACGUCGGAAACCUCAGCUGGAACACCACCACUGACUCGCUGAAGCAGGCUUUCGAGCAGUUCGGCCAGGUCGUUGACGCCAUUGUCAUGACCGACCGUGAGACUGGUCGCUCCCGUGGCUUUGCCUUCGUCACCUUCUCUUCCGAGGAGGAGGCUACCGCUGCCCAGAACGCCAUGAACGAGCAGGACCUUGAUGGCCGCCGUAUCCGUGUCAACGUCGCUGAGGCCCGCCCUCCCCGCUCCAACUACAACGGUGGCGGUGCCCCCGGUGGCCGCUGGUAA